AUGGCGGAGAAAUAUCUAGCCGAGCUGUAUUACAAUCCAGAAAGUCCCGCAAGCUUUGGUGGCGUCGAUUCUAUAUAUCGUGCCGUAAAAAGCGAAGGCAAACAUCAGAUAUCGCGGAAUAAAAUACGAACAUGGCUUCGCAAGCAGGAUACCUAUUCUUUACAUAAACCUGUGAGAUAUCGUUUCAAGCGGAACCGUGUUAUAGUAGGAGCUAUCGAUGAACAGUGGGAGGCGGAUCUAGUAAUUAUGGACUCGUUAGCAAAGUACAAUAAUAACUACAAAUAUAUUUUAACGGUAAUAGAUAUACUUAGCAAGUAUGCGUGGGUUGAACCGAUCAAAGCAAAGACGGGGGAAAAUAUAUCUGGUCAGUGCGUUCGAGAAAAUUCUUAAAAAGCACCGCAAACCCGAAACGUUUCACUCAGAUAAAGGUACGGAGUUUACAAACCGAAAAUUUCAAGCCUUGUUAAAGAAAGAAGGUAUUCGGUUCUUUACAACUCAGAAUGAAACGAAAGCAUCAAUCGUAGAAAGAUUCAAUCGUACGCUUAAGGGGAAAAUGUGGAAAUACUUUACAGCAAAUAACACGUUAGAGUACAUGGACAUUCUCCAGAAACUGGUUAAGUCCUAUAAUCACUCGCGACAUCGCAGUAUCGGUAUGAGACCGGUAGAUGUGAAUAAAAGUAACGAGAAUAUUGUGUGGCAAACACUCUACGGGAAGAAGACGAAAAAAUCAAUCCAGUUUAAGUUUAACAUUGGCGACCAAGCUAUAAUACUUGGCAUUACCGGUACCUGA